AUGUACUUAUUCCACACCGAGGAUGAACUCAAGGAGGAGUGCAACUAUCAUCAUGAACAAGGACUUUUUAAAAACUGUGAAUCAUGCACAGCUACUCUAGCAGAGUCCAAGAAUAAAGUCAACCCCACCAUGUUUCCCAAUGACUCUCUGCCCACCAACACAGUCAAGCCUUUUAAAGAUGACCAGGAAACUAUGGUGGGCAUCAGUGCCAUUAUGGACAAUGUCAGUAUCAUUCUCUAUGCACUGACUGUUGUGCUUGGCAUCACAGGAAACUCUGUGGUCAUCUGGGUGGCUGGAUUCAAAUUUAAGCCAAAGGUCACCAACGUGUGGCUGGUGAAUCUGGCGAUAGCAGACCUGAUCUUCUGCUUCACACGAGUUUUCUCUCUCACUAAGAAGCUCUUCUUUGAGCACUGGCCUUUCGGCCUCUUCGUCUGCAAGUUCAAUGCCUUCUUCAAAUACACCAACAUGUUCUGCUCUGUCUUUCUGCUGGCUGUGAUCAGUCUGGAUCGAGUGCUUUGUGUCUGUCAACCUGUCCUCACAAAGCGUCGUCGCACCCUGUGGGCAGCGAGGGUGGUGGCAGUCUGUAUCUGGAUAGCAGCGAUGCUCUUCAGCAUUCCUUACUUCAUCCAUCGCCAAGUCUACCUGGGCAAGAAGAACCUGAGUACGUGCUCUCUUCAUCCAAAAGAGAAGGCAGAAGGGUACAACAGCACCAGAGUUGCUCUCUACUCCAUCCGCUUCCUGUGCGGCUUCAUAAUUCCCUUCAUGGUGAUUCUGGUCUGUUAUAUCCUGGCCGCUGUAGGAAUCCGACGCACCCGCCUGUCAGGGAAGUCCCGCCCUCUACGUAUACUAGCAUGUUUGGUCAUUGCCUUCUUCCUGUGCUGGGCGCCUUACCACUGCCUCUUACUGGUGAAGAUGGUGGACAGUAAAUAUGCUCUGUUCAAAAUCUGGUACCCUGUAGCAAAGGGUAUUGCCUACUUCAACAGCUGUGUGAACCCGCUGUUAUACUUCUGCAUGGGGCUAAAAGUCAGUGAGGGAUUUAGACAGAGUCUGAUAAGAGUUUAUAAAAGAGGCCUGGCAGAUGACAUAGACGGCCAGAUGACUCACUUCACUGAUCGCUCUUUGGAUUAA